AUGGCGACAGCAAAAAAACGCAAGCUUGACUCCAUCAGCGACGGUCCAGCUCCUUCAGAGCCUGAGGCAAAGCGCCACCACACCAUCAACCGAUGCCGCCUCACAGAGCUUCCCGAUGAGCUCCUCAUCCUGAUUGCCGAGCACCUCGCCGGCUUCGACGACCCCAUCACUUACGUGCACCAGAUGGACGGCAAACUCAUCAUCGAACAUCCCAAGGCUUACCAUGACGUUUCACUGGCUGGUCUGCGUGACCUCUCUGACACACUCUCCAUCGAAUUUGAGAAAGCACUGCACAAGAACGGCAUCAUCACUUUCGAAGACCAAUACGCAUGUGCCGAAUACUUCGACCCAGAUACGCUGAGCAGCCAUCCCAAUUUGAUGAAUAUCCGUCUAGCGACCCAGCGCAUGCGCUUCAAUAUCUGGAAGCUUGGUCAUGCUGAGAAGAUUAUUCCAGCGAUGUCACAACUGGCCAAUUUGAAGAGAGUACACCUUGGUGGCGCCUGGAGGGACAAGGAUGGCCCUCUUAGGUUCACAGCUACUCCGUCGAACGUGUCUUUCUUCAGGCCCCAGGUUUGCCUGCUAUCCAUGAUCUUGGUUUCGUCUGCUCUGAGACCACCGAAGUUCAAGAAAUCACUUAUAACGUUUGGACCUGGACACUUUGGUCGUAAUACCAUCUACUCGGAGUCCGACGAGGAGUCCGACGAGGAGUCCGACGAGGAGUCCGACGAUGAGUCCGACAAGGGUUGGCAUGCGGGCAAUUCUAUCGAAGUCAAUUACGCUGCUCUUGACGAACUGAUUGCCAUCUGGAAGCAAGAUCAAGGCACUCUAGCCUGCACUAGCUCCAUAGUCUCCAUGGACGGAGAGACUGUGAGCAGUAUCUGGAAAUUUCUUGUAGCUGCCUUGCGCAAGGAAGAUCCGUUUGAUACUUAA